ACGGAACAGGGGUUGCCUGCCUGUGAGUUCCGAACAACCCAGCUGGCCAUUGAAGGACUAACAAACCGGUAGUGCAGUUUCGCUGUUUGUGAUCGACCAAGUGCAAGUUGGCUGAUUGGCGCCAAAAACUCAACUUGCACCAGUAGAAGUGAUACAAUGUGGAACUGACAACCCAUCAGUUCUAGUCUAAAUCAACAAAUUCUUCUUGAUUUUGACUGAUUCUUUACGGGAAUUGUGAUAUUAAGUGAUACAAGUGUACGCCGAAACAAAAAUGGCUAUGUCUACAACCAUCAUGGUGAGAAAUAUUUCUUCGAUGAACCCGUUGAAACGGAUGAAGAUCAAAGAAAAUCAAGUGCUAUUUCCAGUCGGAUCCAGUGAUGACGACUAUGAUGAAAACGGAUCAACGGUAGUUCUGAAAAGAAAGAUUCCGAUCGGUACUCUGGGGAGUAUAGAAAAUGUCAUGUUUAAUAAUGUUAAUUCCGGAGAACUGAGAAAGCCGUUGGGUCAACUACAGGCCACCGUUCAGGCGUCGGGUCCAGGACGUCGUAAAAACUCGGAUCCAAAGAGUGCCAUCACAGCCGUAGAAAGGCGGAACGCUCGCGAGCGAAAUCGAGUUCAACAGGUUAACAAUGGUUUUGCUGCGUUACGCCAAAGAAUACCCGAGGAAAUCGCUGAAGCCUUCGAAACCGGAACAACACGAGGAGUUCACAAGAAACUAAGCAAAGUCGAAACUCUUCGUAUGGCAGUCGAAUACAUUAAAUGUCUGGAACGGUUGCUUUCCUUAGAUCCGGAGAAAGACGGUAGUGCCAUGAAGUUCCAAUCGCAGCUGCAACAGGAAACUCAACUUCCAGCUACUCCACCACCUGAACCGCCUCAGGCAAACAACAUUUUCCUGGCAAUAAAACCACGUGCCAUUGGAAAUAACAGCGGAACAUCCUUCGACCAGACUCAGAUUACCAUCAUAAAUGGGCACCAGUACAUCCGCAUUCCAGGAACGAACACGUUUCAGUAUUUGGAUCCGGAAAGUCUGUACGACGAGUCACAGAACGAUAGUUCGUUCUUCGCCGACAGCAGCUCAGCUAUUGAUCAGGAUGUAAUACUUGAGGACUCCACCGAUUUGAUGAGCGAAUCUUGCGCGGCUCUUUCCCCACAAUCCAACUUUACUAUGGAUCCCGAAGAGAAGCGAGAAGAAGUCAUCUACACUGGUCAUGCUUCGGAGGAGGACGAAAAGAUCGUUUCUAUAAUUAAUCAGCAACAAUACGAGGAUAUUAUGCUAAUCAAAAGUGAACUACAAGACGAUCACGAAGAAUCGUUGCUCCAGCAAACCGCCACCGAUCCAGCUUUUCUAGAGUCGAUCAAUUGGUUUGAGAAUCACCAUUAGUUGCCAUCGCAGCCGUUGGGUGGGACGGAAUGUAGCUGCAACAUACAGUCCCCAAUUUAUAACUAAGUUUGAAUAUGUGUACAUAAAAUUAUUUAUUUGAAAGUCGAAUUUUUUAAUAUUCUAAUUUUACGAACGUUUAAUUUAUUAGCUCCCAU